AUGACUGAGCAGAAGACGAGCGCCAAACGGACCAAAAACGCGGCCCAGCGGACAGGGUUCGGGGCUAUCCGUUUCUUGCGAAGCUGUGGUCGAAGACUCAGCUUGGAAUGGUCAGGAAGUACGGCAACCUUGCUAACCUCAAUAUCCUCUACCUCCAAGCAGAGCUGGCCUACCUGGAAGAUGCUCUCGCCCGGGAGCAACAGAAAGACAGAGUCUCCCCGGAGAGAAAAUCGGCGUGUGAUUGGAGUUGGUACGCUCUCAGCAACCAAGGUGUCAACAAGGAGCAAGCAGUGGGAGCUGGUCCUCGAAAUACGACAGAAACUUACCGAGUACCAUUCGGCCAUCCUUCAGUACUCGCAAAUUGCCUUGCUGAGACAGCCCACGGGUCGCCAGCGCCGAGCCAUGUUCGAUAUCAUCAGGUCAGCCUCUCGAAAUGACAGCCUCGGACAGUUCAGGUCCCUCGAUCUCGGUGGGGUAGGCGGACCGCGAGCAUACGGACGGCAACAUUCACAUGACCUUAUACUACUGGAGUCGCAGGAGGAAGAGAACGACGCCCUGUCUCGACUUCUUGUCCAGCCGCUGCUGACCAUGUUUCACUUCUUCUGA